AAGGCGCGAUGUCAGCGCAGGAGAAUCCAGAGGCGGCCAGGAGGCACGGAAAACGAUAAUCCGGAGCAUGCCGAAGAAUCACUAUUGAGUCCAAUGGUGAGUGGUCUUGAAAAAGGGCUGGAAAAGUUAAGGUCUGAUAUACGGAAAAUCAAAACAGUGGUAGAUGACACACUCAGCACAGUGUUUCGAUCAAACAGCGCACUGCGGGAAAAGGUUUACACUGCCAUGAAUGAACAAAUUCAACGUGUGGAGAUACAGUUGAACAUUGUGAAAACACUAGCGCAGAAAAAUAUAGGUUCAGCGGAUAAGGAAAGCAAGGAAGUAGCUGAGCUUUUAUGCAGCCUGUAUGAAUGCGAUGUAAAAGAAAUAGUACAGCAUUCCAUAGACCAGAGUGAAAAGAUCGAACUGUUGCAGGGAGAACUAAUGCGUGCUAAGGCGUCAGAGCGCAAGAAACUUUUCGAGAGGAGACAAAUGCUGCUGUCGGGUAAUGAACCCAUGGAAAGUGAGUUCAGUGGACAACGUGAUAACGCGAACGCUAAUAUAGAGCGUAUUCAGCUGACUCCAGUCACGACGACAUCAAAAAGGAUGGACUGUUCGUUCAAUGGGCAGCGAGGUCAGUUUCAAUAUUCACGUAAAACUAGCUCAAGCAGUGAAAACUCUGAAAGCUCGGUAGUAAGUAGUUUGAGCACAGCACGCCUUGUGAAUGAAUAUAUGAGAGCAGCUGCCAUGCCUAAUGUUAAGCCUUUUAGUAAUAAGAAGGGCGAAAAAUUCAAAGACUUUCUGAGGCAAUUCGGUUUAAAAUAUCCGGAAACAACAUGGCAUGACAGUGAAAGGCGCGACAUCCUAGUAGGCCUUCUAGAAGGAGAAGCUAAAAUGCAUUACAACACUUUACCAGAAGAGGUUAAAAGGGGGUCUUUGAAAGUACUUAUAGAAGCAAUGAAGCGAAGACUAAAAAUAGAUGGCCCAGAAGAGCAGGCAAGCGCCAUGAGAAAGCUCCGAACACUUAAAAAAAGGGAUCGCUCCGUUCUAGAGUUCUGCCUAGAACUUGAAGUGCUAUCUAGGAACGCGCAUCCAAAUGCCGAUGACAAUACGCUGUCGUUGAUCCGUGCAGAGAUUUUGCAGGAACAGUUAAGUCAUUGGGCGGAGGCGGUGCGGCUCCUAGAGAUCCUUGAAACUGAACGCGGCACCCAGGUGUACGAAAAAAUGAAGGAGACCGCCCUGAGAGUGGAACGAUUGCGGACACACACACAAAUGGAAAAGUCUCUCAAACGCAAGUGGGAAUUCAAAGCUAAAGAGCAACCACCACGCGUAACAGGGGAUGACAGGGCAUCAACUCCAGAGAACCAGGAUGCGAAGAAAUCGGGUGGACGCACAUCGCCAAGGAGCACAAAGGAUGUAAACUGUUCGAACUGCGGAAAGAAAGGUCAUGAAGCCCGAGAAUGUUGGAGCAAGAAGAAGGACCGGCAAGCAGUAUCGUUCAGUGCAAUAUUGAAUUCAUGGUGCUGCAAAAAGGUCGGAUCGACGAAACCAAAGUGUGAAGAGGUAGGAGAGAAACACAUGGUAAGACUAUCUUGCCUUGGGACGAAAGUAAGCGGAAUGAUAGACACUGGUUCGCAGCUUACCAUAAUCCCGCUCAAAGUCCUAAAGCAAGCAAGAGAUCGUGGAGAAGACAUGGAUCUUCUGUGUACACAGGUAUUUCCCCCAGAUAUUGACGCGUAUGAUGCGUCAGGGAACAAAAUGGAUUUCCUAGGCUGCAUCGAGCUCAAACUAGGAAUCGAGGGCGAUGAAGAGCACCCGAUCAGGGCCUACGUUAAAAAAUUACAUGACAAUGUAAUCUUAUUGGGCACUAAUGCGCUGGAGACCCUCGGAAUUCACAUACGCAUCAGUAAAGCGACAAGCACGGAAGAUGCGAUGUGUGACACAAAGGACGAGUGGCAAAAGGCAGAAGAUAAAGCCAUGCAUGCGCCACAAAAGCAAGCUACCAUGUAUCGAAGCGGUUCACAAACAAGACCAAAAUGGAAACCCAACAAAAAGGUAAUCGUAGAAAACGGAAGAAACCAUUGCAAGACAAGGGUGGAAGUCUCCCGCAGGGAGGCUGAAAGUAAACCAAAAGAGGCUACCGUAGUAAACCGUGUAUAUGUGAGCCCAGGCAGAUGCGUACCUGUCCAGUUACACGGAAAUGGCCUACGAAAAGACGCGACACUUUGGUCGGUCAACGCAAACAUACCGACAGGAGUGUGUAGGUUCUCAGAGGAGGGCACUACGGAGGUACCCGUUCUGAACCAUACAUCACAACCGAUAAUCUUUCAUGAAGGACAGAAAAUAGGGGUAUGGGAAGAAGCUGAUGCCAUACAACCGGCUACAAGGGACCUGGAGUCUGACAUGUUAGAAUUAAGCAUGGAACCAGAGUCUCAGUCGGAUCGGAUCGAUAUCUUACUGAAUCUGUUGGCCAGCAAUAGCAAAUACGGUUGUUUCCCGGAAGCUUUGACAAAACUGGUCAAAGAGUUUCAAGAUGUCUUUGCGGUAAGCGACAAAGAACUAACACAAACGGAUCUUAUUAAACAUAGCAUCGAUACAGGAGACGCCAAAGCCAUCAAGCAAAGGACCAGGCCAGUCCCACAGGGAGUGAGAAGUGAGCUGAAGAAUAUCCUGAAUGACUUGGAGGAGAGAAAUAUAAUAAGAAAGUCAACGUCGGACUGGGCAUCACCAAUAGUGUUGGUCCAGAAGAAGGACAAAACGCUCCGAUUAUCUGGCCUCAAGCAACUCGUGCUUACUGAAGAUACGUCGCACCCACUGCACCUGAAGUUCGUAUGCCAUGAAAAACAAUUGGUGAAGCCGCCGGGCGAUUACAAAGGCUAUCGUAUCGGUUUUAAAUGCCCAUUGUUGAAAGAAGAGAAUGCUCGUAAACUUUCAAACGUAGUGCAAGGUCUUCCUCAAACAAUGGAGGACAUUAGUUUUGAUAGCGCAGGCAGGUUGGCCCAGCUCAUCACAAUAUGGGUAAAAGAAGAUUGGUCGGAUGACCACAAGCUGAUGAUCAUGGCGAAGCAGAAGGCCGCAGUAAGGAUUUCAGGAGAAGCCCUUGCCCUUGCGUUGCUGUACUUGAAGAAAAAGUGUCUUCACGUUCAACUCAGCCUCGAGAAUUUACAACCAGAAGAUGUAUACCACGAAGCGAUCCAGGAUGAUGAAAAAGCCGUUCGUGUGAGCGGCAUUUAUCAAGCCGCACUGAAGCUCAUUGAUGGACAAGAAUGGAAAGCACCAUUCCAAAAGAAGCAGAGGAAACAAUACCUGCUUACACCACAAUGCCUUUCCAAAAUCCACAUGCUGAUGGACGAAAAUAUCACGGUGAUAACAUACAGUAGUGCGGAUCCUCCAAAAAUUGAACUCAAUUCCGAUGUCCUGCUCAUUAUCGGGCCAGAAGAGGCCAGCGCCGACAACAUUGCCAACCAUCUCGCACCUUGGCUGGAAUCCAUGGCCGCAGAUGAUGUUCAAGUUGCUAUCGGAGUAGCUCCAAUGGAGCAUCAGACACCUGACCAUGAGGAAAAAUGGACGCAGAUCUAUGGAGCAAUGGAGACCCUCGUUGAAAACCUCAAUAGGGUGGCAAAUCACGUCAGACUGUUCGAAGACGCAAAACCCGGCGAGUGGGAUCAUCCCCACAGAUCGCUUGGGACAGCGCCCUAUGACGCUCAAGGACUCAUAGGAUUUUACGCCACAAAAAGAUGGUAUGAGAGCGUUAGGAAGUAUUGGGCCACCGGAUGGCCCCCAGCAGUGGAAAAACCGAAAAAGGGGACUGCCACUGACGGACUACCGAAAAAGAGGUUUUAUGGGGAGAACGAUUCUUCUUACCCACCGAGGAAAAAGAAUUCUUACGGACCCAGAAAG